AUGAAGAGCAAGUUCUACCUGGUUCUUCCAGAGUUGGCUCGGUGGCUCAUCACCCAGGGCAGGAAGGAUGAGGCUGUUCAACUGAUCCGAAAAGCAGCCAAUGAAUAGAGAAACGUCCCAGAAGACUUACUGGACAAGCUGGAGAUUGAUGGCACAACCAAAAGAGGAAGCAUGCUGGACAUCUUCAGGAGAUCAUACCUGAGAAAAUGUGCUGUCAUAAUGAGCUGCGUCUGGUUUGGAGCAAGUCUGAUGUAUGAUGGACUGAGUCUGAAUGUAGGAACUUUUGGUCUGGUUUACCUGACUUAGUUUAUCUUUGGAUUAGUUGAAGUACCUGCACGUCUGGGAACUUUACCUUGCCUCAAAUACUUUGGGAGGAGAAUAUGGCAGUCAGGGACCCUCAUUUUUGGAGGUCUUGCUUGCCUCUCAAUUCUUGCCAUCCCAAAAGAACUUCCCAUAGUAACAACAGUCCUAGCUAUACUGGGAAAAUUUGCAGCUGCCAGCAAUUUUUGUAUGAUCUAUAUUUAUACUGCAGAAUUUUAUCCUACCAUUAUAAGGCAGAAUGGUGUUGGUCUGAAUGCCAUGUUUGCCCGUGUGGCGGGAAUCCUUGCUCCUCUGGUGGGGCUCCUGGACAUCUACCAUUACACUAUUCUCAUGAUAAUCUACGGUGUGACCCCUAUAGUUGCUGGGGGUCUGUGCUUACUACUGCCUGAAACUGGGAACUCUGACCUUCAGGACUACACAGAACCAGCGUAA